AUGCGCUCAUUCGCAACCUUAUUCUCGGCAGCAGCUCUCCUGACAUCGUCCCUGGUGUCAGCGCACAACAUCCAACUGAAUGCCCACGGCCGUGAAUGCUUCCAUGAGACACUACACAAGGAUGACCGAAUGACUGUCACUUUCCAGAUUGGAGACCGCGAGUUCGGCGGGGCUGGAAAUCUGGACGUCGACUUUUGGAUUCAAGAUCCGGCCGGCGUAUUGAAGGUUUCCGAACACGCCGUAUCCUCCGGCGAUCACUCAUUCGAUGCGCACCUCGACGGACGUUACACCUACUGUUUCUCGAACGAAAACUCUAACGUCAACACCAAGGAGGUAUCCUUUAACGUCCACGGCAUUGUGUAUGUUCCAGAGGAACCGGAAAGCGCAGACCCGCUCGAACGUGAGGUGAGGAGCCUCGGUGAGAUGCUGAACCAGGUCAAAGAUGAGCAGGAAUAUAUUGUGGUCAGGGAAAGGGUACACAGGAAUACUGCCGAAAGCACGAACAGUAGGGUUAAGUGGUGGAGCAUUUUCCAGUUGGGCGUUGUGGGAGGCAAUGGGGUGUUCCAAGUAUGGUAUUUGAAGAGGUUCUUCGAGGUCAAGAGAGUGGUUUAA